CAGGCGAGACCGACCAGUGACUAGAAACUAGCCAGCAUAAUAGGUUUCUCGCGCGCGUAGCCAAGCUCUAGACGAAACUUCGCGCCAUAAGGAAUGAUAGCGAUAGUGCCGCAGAUCCCGUGACGACCGGCUAAGCAGUGCGAACCGCGCAUAAUUUAUCCCGAGGGACGAAGUGACGCGGGAGCAGGGACGGAGAGACACGAUAGCAGGGACUAAGAUACGCGAUAGCAGGGACGGAGAGACGCGAUAGCAGGGACGGAGUGACGCAGGAGCAGGGACGGAGAGACACGAUAGCAGGGAAGGAGAGACGCGAUAGCAGGGACGGAGUGACGCGACAGAACCUAGUGGCUGAGGCGAAAGCAAGGAGGAAACAGCGAGGGCAGGGGAGGGAGGGCGGACCCUCGCCGUGAUAUCAACCCAGGUCCCUUCAUACGCCUUCUAUGUGCCCACCCUCCCAUGCCCCAACCCUCUCUUUACACCCAUUCUCACCCUCUCCCCCCAUCCCAUAUUCUCCGUCAAUGCCCAUCUCCCUACACACUUCUUCACCGUGCACAUCCCCCCCUAUCCCACGCUGCCCUUCCUCUACAGUGAACAGAGACAAGAGCCUCCAUGGAGAUCGGAGUAUGGGGCCGUUUUUAGUGGUUGGGGAGAUAUUAUCGCUGAUUUGCAACACUAUAAAUGCCUUUCUCAGAUAUGAUAUGAUACAUCAGGUAGCGAUUUGAGAAGCCUCCCCUCCCCUAAUCAUGAAUAAUAUUACUCAAAGUGC